GGAAGCUCUGAAAGGUGAGAGGACAAAAGGAAGGAGACCAGCAGAAGAAAGGAACCAGCAGAGUUGGCCAAAGAGGCUAAGGAGAUGGGAGGAGGAAAAGAACGACAAAGUCAUUAUUAGAGGUUGAGAGGGGAGUUUCCAGAAAGAGGGACUGGUGAACCAUGUUAGAAGCUACAAAGACGUAGGAGAGCCUUAGGCCACUAGCCUCAAAGAUUAGGGGGUCUUGGUGAUCCAAGCGGGAGCAGUGUGACCCCAGUGGCCAGGCUGGGCGUUAGCAAGUGGGUGGUAGUGAGACAGCGUGGUAGUGAGGAAGUCAGUGGUGACUGAUGGGAAGCAGCCUGGAGAUCAAGGUCGAAGCUUUCUUGAAGGCUGGGGAGAACGGAAGGGGUUCUCAGGCAGAGGGAAGGACCGAGAGAGUAGAAGAGACUGGGGUUGCAAGAGAGGGGCGACUGACUCCCAAGCCCAGCCAGUGACUGGCCCGGUGUCUCAGGCAGAUGCCUCUUUGUCAGGUGGGAGCCGAGGACCAGGAGAAGAUGCAGAAACAUUUAGGUUAAAGGAGGGACCCGAGGGAGCCGAGGCCAACUUUCCUCAGUGAAGGAGGUCGUGAGGCCGCCCACCUGGGUGUGGCAGCUGUGAAGUGAGGUGUGGGGUGGAGAGAGAGGGUGCUCUGGAGGACAGAAAACGAACCAGCGACGGGCCCUCUGCAGGCGCCCUGUGCAGCGUGCUUGUCUGUGCCAGCGGGCUGCCAAGAGGCUACCCUUGUGUCGGGGCCAGCCAGGCGGCCCCUCCCUUGCCACCUGCUCUUUUUUCCACAGCCAUGUGCUCGCAGACACUCCUGAGUUCCUUUCUUGCUGGGCAGUGCCUAAGGCUCAGCUAUUGCUUUGGGCCUGCCGGAACAUUCUUCCAUGGAGUCUGUGCUUUCCUUUGGGUUCGGUCCCCAGGCAAACCCUUGCAUGCUGAUUUACCACAGCACGUAUCCAAAGCACCAUGGGAAAGGAGAGUAGUGACCAAAGCAGUGUGUUAACUUCAGUGAUUUUAGGACAAGCUUUGCUACCUGAUUGGCUAAUGAUGAUAUCACAUAUUGAUCUUAGAGAAAAGUAUAUAGCAUUUCAAAGAACAGGUUGAAAUCAGAUCUUGUAGCACCAUAGUUGGUCUGACCUUGCUGAGCCUUGAAAAAGAGUUCUUACCACAUGGAACGUGGAUGUAAAUUGAAUUGUUCCCCCGCUUUUACAGCAGCUACUGUUUGGAAAGAGACGUGCUGGGAUGGUCUUUCCUGUUGGCCUGCGAUUAUGAAACCCAGCCGGUGUUCCUGGACUUCUCCAGACGGGUUAUGUCACCAACCGAGGCUGCCCUGAAGCUCCCUGUGGCCUGGAGACUAUGUACAACAGGAAUGGUCUGAUGGCUAGCGUGUUGGUCACCUCUGCCACUCCACAGGGCAGCAGCAGCUCAGACUCUUUGGAGGGCCAGAGCUGCGACUAUGCCAGCAAGAGCUACGACGCCGUUGUGUUCGAUGUCUUGAAAGUGACUCCCGAGGAGUUUGCUAGCCAGAUCACGCUGAUGGACAUACCCGUAUUCAAAGCCAUCCAGCCGGAGGAACUAGCCAGCUGUGGAUGGAGUAAGAAGGAGAAACAUAGUCUCGCUCCCAACGUUGUGGCCUUUACCCGGAGGUUUAACCAGGUCAGUUUUUGGGUUGUACGAGAAAUUCUAACAGCACAGACUUUAAAAAUAAGGGCAGAAAUCCUGAGCCAUUUUGUGAAAAUAGCCAAGAAACUUCUAGAACUCAACAACCUUCAUUCUCUCAUGUCUGUGGUGUCAGCAUUACAAAGCGCGCCCAUCUUCAGGCUGACGAAAACCUGGGCUCUUUUGAAUCGAAAAGACAAGACCACCUUUGAGAAAUUGGACUACCUGAUGUCUAAAGAAGAUAAUUACAAGCGGACUCGGGAAUAUAUCCGAAGCCUGAAGAUGGUUCCCAGUAUUCCCUAUCUCGGGAUCUAUCUGCUGGAUUUAAUCUACAUUGAUUCUGCAUAUCCUGCCUCAGGCAGCAUCAUGGAAAACGAACAAAGAUCCAAUCAGAUGAACAAUAUUCUUCGAAUAAUUGCAGAUUUACAAGUUUCCUGCAGCUACGAUCACCUCACAACCCUGCCCCAUGUGCAGAAGUACCUGAAGUCCGUACGCUACAUUGAAGAGCUCCAGAAGUUUGUGGAAGACGACAACUACAAACUGUCGCUCAGAAUUGAACCGGGAAGCAGCUCUCCGAGACUAGUCUCUUCCAAGGAAGACCUUGCAGGCCCCUCCGCCGGCUCCAGUUCUGCGAGGUUCAGCCGGAGGCCCACCUGUCCUGAUGCUUCUGUUGCUGGCAGCCUCCCCACACCCCCAGUCCCAAGACACAGGAAGAGCCACAGCCUGGGCAACAAUAUGAUGUGUCAGUUGAGUGUAGUUGAGAGUAAAAGUGCGACAUUCCCAUCGGAGAAAGCGAGGCACCUGCUGGACGACAGUGUCCUAGAGUCCCGCAGCCCCCGCAGGGGCCUCGCCCUCACCUCCUCCUCUGCCGUCACCAAUGGACUCUCCCUAGGCAGUAGUGAGAGCUCAGAGUUUAGUGAAGAGAUGUCUUCAGGGCUGGAAAGCAGGGGACGUCUCUAUGCCACGCUGGGGCCCAAUUGGCGGGUUCCAGUUCGGAAUUCUCCCAGAACCCGGAGCUGUGUCUACAGCCCCACCGGCCCGUGCAUCUGUACGCUGGGGAGCUCAGCAGCAGUGCCCACCAUGGAGGGGCCUCUGAGAAGGAAGACUCUGCUCAAGGAGGGACGGAAGCCUGCGCUGUCCUCGUGGACCAGGUACUGGGUCAUACUCUCAGGAUCCACCCUCCUGUAUUAUGGAGCCAAGUCCUUGCGUGGCACAGACCGGAAACACUAUAAAUCCACACCGGGCAAAAAGGUCUCCAUCGUGGGCUGGAUGGUGCAGCUGCCUGACGACCCUGAGCACCCAGAUAUCUUCCAGCUGAACAACCCCGACAAAGGCAAUGUUUACAAGUUCCAGACUGGCUCCCGGUUUCAUGCAAUACUGUGGCACAAGCAUUUGGAUGAUGCAUGUAAAAGCAACAGGCCUCAGGUAAAGUCACCAAAACCCUGCUUGUCACCUGAAAUACCCUCUGCCUCCCUUAGGACUAAGGGUCUGUAUGAAAUAGGGCUCGCUCCUCCCUCAGAGCCUGUCAGCUAGGCUCAGGCCCCUCUUUUGAUCAGCCUUUUCCAGUGAGACAGGGCACCUCCUGCUCAGCUUAGAACUAGGCCCAGCUUCAGACAAGAACUUUCAAUCUGGUCCCUGUGUCUUUCCCACUAAAAGAAAUGCCAUAGAAACAGCCAUGGGGACAGUUAGGUGGCAGGUGCGAUAUUGCCCCAAGGGUCAGGCUGUAGCGUCUAUUUGGAUCAUCCCCAUAAAAGCUGAUUCAUGGGAACGCUCCAAACUGACUAAAGGGCCUCCCUGCCCCCACACCCUUAGGAAUAAUAAUAAUACUAAUUUAUUGAGAGCCGACCAUGGCUGCUGAUGAAUGGGGCUCUUGGCUCCUCAGCAUGUAUGAGUCACCCGGACCCCUGGUCUGCUGGGCCUGGUUCGUGGCUCGGCCCUCCCCCGAUCAUGCCACCCCGCCCAGGACCAGGCAUUACGUGAAAUGCUUUACACACAGGAAUUGGCUGAAUCCUCCCAACAUCCCUGUGAGGUAGGUUCUCUUACUGUCUCCGUUUUAUGCUGAGGACGCUGAGGCUCAGAAAAGGUGGCAGACGCUUGUUUAAGUUCCCACCGUUAGUGAGAUCUAACACAGGCCUGCCUGACCCAAACUCUGUACUUGUUCUUCCGCCUCAGACUUCUUGGGGAGCCCCUGGCUUGCUCAGCCUCCUGCAGUUGAGCUAAAGGCCUGGCAGCACAGCCCCCACUGUCCAGGCUUGUAAGAGGAAUGGCUGCCCCAGCCCUCAGCACCAGACAGGGGCAGCAUGGGGCUGCUGUGCCAGGAUUGGUGCUCCCGUCCCUAAGCCUCCUUGUCUGUGUUCCCCAGGCAUCAGCCAGAAGAGGGAGCUGGGCCGUUGGGUCUCUCUCCUCAGACUGGGGAGAGGGCACCAGGCCUUGGCGUAGACGGGGGCUCCGAGGAGGAAGGGUGGGCAGCAGCUGGCAGGCGGCAGCUCCGAGGUCUGAGAGGACCUCAGCAAAGGCCAGUUCACGCCAGGCAUUGGGGUCCCGGAGGUGAAGGCCUUAUGUCAUGCUGGUCACAGCACAGUCACAGACUUCUUGACCCCUCAAAGCAGUUCUCGUAAAGCAGAGGGAGGUCUCUGAUGGCAUGUCCCAUGUUUCUGUGCUCUGUUUGGUCCUAUUCAGGAUUUUCACCUGUAACAUAGAUGAGGACAUAUGUGACAAGCUGAUCAAAUUAUAGAUAAGAAACUAGAAAGUAGAAUUAGCAAAAAGUCCUCAACAAAUUAAAACAGUAGGACAAGACUGAUCCAGGGAUAAACUCGAGGUACCACAAGGAAGCUCAAAAUAAAUUGCGUUUGAGUCCCUCGACUCACCUGUCCGCCUGCUGGGAGCUCGUCCGAGGGCUGUGCUCACACAAGCACACAAAGGUGGUGGUUAAGAAUGUUCGCUGCAGCAUUGUCCUUGAUAGGAAAACCCUGGAACCUCGGUGACGCUCAGUAAAUCCCUAUUGUGCAACACCUGAUAGCAAUUGGAAAGGUGGUGGCAGGUCUGAGCGUGGUCACCUGAGAGGAGCUCCAGGCUGUAAGUCAAAAAGCAGAGCGUCAAAGCGUAUGUGAGGCCCAUCUCAUUUGGUUAAAAUAAUAUGCAUUUUUAUUAUAUGUUUGUUUGUGCAUAUAAAAUUUCCAAAAUGAUGUACAAGAAACUAUAAUUCUGUGGUUUCUAGAGUGCUACGUAUAUUCUUCAUGUUAAACAAAUGUAAUUGCCCAUCUCCGUGAUGGAAAGACUGGGAGUUUUGGUCAACAGUCACCUUAAGUUGAUGCAAAGUGAACAAGGUGUUGAGGCUUGAACAAGGCUGGUGCCGCCUCAGGUCACAAUAAGAGAGGAAGAGUGGCCUGACCUCGUCUGCACUGGUCCCACCGUGCAUGUGUGGGGACCCUCAUUAGCUCUGAGUGCCACUCGAAGAGCACAGAGUCUUGGAGCUCACCUGCACACACAGGUGGCCCCAUGACCUGUGAGCAGGAGGCUGGGGUGGCUCCAGGUCUGACAGGGACUGACAGCCCUUAAGUGGGCCACCAGGCUGGUGGAGGAGAGGAAGGAAAUGGGGCUCGGUGUCCGCCCCGUGGCAACAGCCUUUGCACUCUGGCGGCCCCAGCUGGGAGCAGCCGUGGUUGCUCUGAGCAAGAGCCCAUUCUCCCUCUCCGGGGCAGCAGCAGCCCCACGGCAGGUGGCAGAGAACUGGGUCGAAUCCAUUUGGCAGAGCAGGCGUUUGGUCAGAAGGACAAAUGGAUGGAAUUUCAGGUAUGGCAAAUGUGGUGUGUCAUGGCAAGGUUUUGCAACUUUUACGUAUUUUUGUCCUAUUUUUAGGAGGCGGAUCUUUUAUUUUUUCCACUUUUCCCCCCUUUUAUUUUUAAUUUACUUUCAACCAAAUACUCCCACUCGGUGCCGUGCGCAAUAAUGAGAAGUUGGCAACAACUCAAUAUCCCGCAGCAGAGGAUUAUUUCAGUAAGCCACAGUGCCUCGUGUGAUGAUGUACCGGGAGGGAGCGACGAGGGCGUCACAGAAGUGCCUUAGCCUCCUGGGAAAUCUCAGUGGCUCAGAUUCGUUUCCUUUUUUGUAGAAUUGCAUUUCUUAAAAUUGUUUUUACUAGCACUGAAUACGCUUAAACCUUAUUUAUAAGGUAUGUGUAAGGUGUGAACCACAGCAAUAAAACAAAACACCCCUGUACCCGCCACCCACCCACCAGCCUAAAGGCAGGGCGCCCAGGGCCUUGGAAGCGCUCCCAGCCCCAGGGCCCUCUUCCUAAUGCCACUUCCUCCCUCCCUUCCUUAAGGUAUUGUCUGGGCUACAUUUUUUUUAAACUUUUUUUAUAAAUAGAACCAUAACUGUACAUUUUCUUCUGUCACUUGCUUUUUUCCUACAGUGUGUUCCUAAGAUUCAUCUGUGUCAGUGUGUACAGCUGUCAUUCAUUUAUUUGUACUGACUUUUUUUAUCAGGUCUUCUCUCAGUGAUUCCAAAAAUGAUUUCCUGCAUUUUGCUAUUUUGAACAACACUGCUGUGGCCAUUCUUAUAGCUGUCUCCUGGUGCAAGGAGAUGCAAUUUUUCCAGUUCAUCGUUUUGACCAAAUUGAUACCAGUGUGGAUUUGUUUUUGAUGAAAUUGCUUCUCAUCAAAUCUCCUGGAACCCCACAGCAGUGCUGGCAGGGGGGCCUGGGGCUAGGGGCGUGUUAGCAGCUUGGAAGGGAGGGGUAAAGACACUGACCUUGGGCUGGCGGUCCCCCCGUAGAAGCUGGGAUCUUGUCCUGGGGACACAGCUAUGGGAAGGUCUUAGGGUUCCCAAUAUCCCCAGACUUCCUCCGUGUGCUUUCAUUUGCCAAUUCCUGCCUCCCUUGUCCCCCUGCUUCCCCCCACUGGUUUCCCUUCUGGAGGCAUAUGCCUAUUCGUCUCCUCUCCACUCCAAAUGGAGCUGUAUUUCAACCCAAGGAUAGCAGUUGAGAGCGUGGGCUCUGGUGUCUUAGCCCUGCUACUUGGUCGCUGUGUACUUCACCUCUCUAAGCCUCAGUUUCCUCAUCUCUAUAAUGGGGAUCCUCCCAGUACCUGCCUCACGGGGCUGUUGUGAGGACUGGAGGCCAUGCACAUAUGAAGUAUUCAGAGCAAUGCCUGGCACGCAGUGGUCACUUAGCAAAUGGCGCUUGUUAUUCCUGCUGUGUCCUCUCCCCACCUGACCUGCUCAUUCACAGACUGACUGGGAAAGGCCUGGUCCCUUCCCUUAGGGACCAGCCCUUGUCCCCGUCUGCAAGGUUGGAACUGUGACAAGAGGCUGAGCUUUCUCUUCUAGGUACCUGCAAACCUUAUGUCGUUUGAGUAAGUCUCUGCAGGACUUGGCGUGACUUCAGAGGCUUCUGGGAGCCUGGCCUGGGACUGGUGGUGAAGCGCAGGUCCUGGACACAGGCUGUUGGCCAGGGUGCUGGGAGACCCACAGCCGAACUCAAGGGGACCCCGCCUGUGGCCUCACAGUCCGGAGGGCUCCACCAGUGCUGGAUCCACCUGCCAAUCCCCAGCGACCCUCAUGACACUCAUUCUGCAGCGCCACCUCACUGGGCCGUGAUUGGACCCCAAACUGUACACCCCGCCCUCCCUCUCUGGGCCCUCGUCCGUCCACGAGCUGCUGCUGCGACUAGAGAGCAUUCGGCCCACGGUGGGUCCCCAGUGCUUUCUCCUGCAGAAGAGUGGACACUGUUAACCUGUGUUGAGGGGCCAGAGAGAAGGAACAGGCUGUGGAACUGGCUUUUUACACCCCAAGUGCACGGGGUUGCUCGCCCACAGGGCUGCCUCAGAUUUUGUACAACCCCUAAAGCGUCCUCUGAGUGUGCGUGCCGUAUACGUGUGUGCGCGAGCGAGUGUGGACUCUUCGAGAAACAUGCAUUUUGGCACAAGACUUGUGACAUCACACACUUCAUUCACUUUGAGGCCCUGCUUUAACCUUCAGUGACAGCCUUGCCCAUCGUGGAAGGUCAGAGUGAGAGCCCAGAUUCCUCCUGUGUUAAGGGUCCCUUGCGUUCUUUUACUGUAAACAACAAUGCCUUAAAUUGUGUCUUGUUUUCUGUUCCUAUGGGUGCUAUUCAUCUGGAAGGCCUGCUCCCUGGCCCCCGGGUCCCUUCCAGGCCUUGUUGCUGUCAGCUCUUCAGAGGCAGGACCUGGCUUCAGGACUGUGGACUGGGCCACUGGCCUGCUUGCUUCCUCCUAUCCCCCUCCCUCGGGGUCUGAAGGCUCUUCUCUUCUCACUCCCUCCCACCAUGCCAGAAGGGGAACUUGUGACACCUUCUCCCAGCUUCUCAGCAGCAGCUCGGAAGCCGCCAUGCUCUCUUGAAUAGCCGCCCAGCAGCUACUUUGCAUCAACCUCUCCCCGCGGGGCAAGGCUCUGGCCCCCAUCAUCUCACCCCUUUGCCUCCACUGCCGGGGUGGCCCACUGCGAUUCCUGAUUACACUGGGGAGCUGAGUGACAGGAGGCCUUAAGCUCUCCCAAUCUUGCCCCUAAACACAGUCACCAGCAAGUUCUCCAUCAUCCAAGUCCAAGGGCACAAUUGUUGAUGACCGUGGUGACAAGAGAGCAAGCCCUGGGGAGUGAACGGUCCGAGCUCUGCAUUCAGUUAAGAGCUCUCCAUGUGAACAACGUCCUUCCUCUGUCACUCUUUGUCGUAUUCUUAAGUGACUUUUAUUUUGCACAAAUACAUUUUUAUUCAAAAUAAUGAAUAAAAAUUAGCUUUAUUUAUAGUAGCUUUAUCACCACAACUUCUCUCUCUGUCUCUGAUCUGGGUGUCCUCAUUCUGAGAAGGAAACCCUUCAAUAGUUUUCUGAAAGAGACUGAAUUUCUGAGUCCUUGUCACUGUUAUGGUUUCAGAGCUCAUACUGAUCACAUAUCAAACUACCCUUAAGCGUUUCUGGGCAAGGUGGUUCCAACAGCAUCUUAACCAGGAAACUGUAAUAGGUCAGUUUAAAAACUGCUAAAGGACCCACCAGUGUAUUUUGAUCAAACGGUGACGACUCUUCUGAAAAUUUGAAUGAAAGGGUGAGGAAAGGAAUUGUCAUCAGGGUCUUAUUUUGUGGUCGAGCCUUACUGUGCUCAGUAACUGACCCCCCUUUGGAACAAACUCUAGAAUACUUUUGUGCCAGGAGAAACUCCAGAUGGUAGAGCUAAUGCCAGCAAACCUUGGCCACUGGAGCAUUUCACACCCACCCACAGCCAGGUCUAGAUGCGUGCACCGAAUUCGUACCCACGACCAUUCAACGAGGUUGAAUGAAAACACCAGACGCUGCAAACAGCUCUCCCCAGAACCGCCGUGUUAUUGCUCUCACCUACACUGAAUCUGAUUCUACCUGUUCAUUUUCUUAAAGUCUGAAGUUUGGAUGAAAGUGUGAGACUGGACCAUCAGCUACUUAUUUUCCUUGGGUUUCUCCACUCUUCAAACUCCCCUGGUUUUUCUCACAUGAAAUAUAGAUGCCAAUCCAAAAGCCUCAGAAUUUCAGGCUCCACUCAAUCAGUUAAUUUCCUGCCCUUCACAAAUUUUUCUCGUCUUUCACAAAUGUUUUCUUCUGAGCCUAAUUUUGAAAUAGCACAAUCGCAAUUCUUGUCAAAGUGUUUAGUCUUCUCACGAAUUGAGGCUGGUCCCACAUCCCAUCCCAGAAGCAUUCUUAGAUUGGACUCUUGAAGAAUCCGUUUAGACCUUGUUGGCACAGUCCUUGUAGAAGUGGUAAGAACCUUGAAGCUACCAGGAGAGUCCUGCAGACGGAGCUGAAGCACUCCCAGCGUGGGUGCAGGGCCAACCUGUGAGUUCAGUGCUGACUGCCUUCCUAGUGUUGGUUUGUCCCGCAAGCAGCAGGCGAGGAGGCCGGGCACAAACCCCAAUGGGGACAGUCCAAGAGUGAAUUCUCACCCUGGACGGACGCAUUUCUGGGUUUUACUCCUUGGCUGUCCGCAGUGCACAAAUAUUUGUGAAACCAUUGAAGGUGGUAUGUCCUGCAUGCAUGUGCUGUAUCUUUUUUUUUUUUUAAGCAAACAGAUCAUGGCACCCCAGAAUGAAAAUUAUAGAAUGCUGUCUACAAACUGUGGAGUAGGUAGCCAGUAUCAUUGUGAUGCCCCAAGAACAGCUUACUUACCUCUCCCCGGAAGUAAUUUUUGCCCCUCUCAGUUGAACAAGUUUUGUAACUCAAGGUCAGCCAAGUGCAUUCUGACAAGUGACAUACUUUGUGGAGGGUUGAUGUGGUGCAGAGCAGUACAAAUGUUGUUCCGAGUGUGCCCAGGGAGGGAAUGUGGCCUCCCUCCCUCCCUGAAGAAGCCCGCUCCUCAUGCUGCCCCCCUGUGGAAGUAAAGAGGAAGAACUUGAAGGCAUUUUGCCUAGGAAAGAACCCACUCUCUCUUGCCAACUGAAUUUAUAAAGCAUUGUUUUUCUUACCAAGAUGACUAUUUCUUUCAUCGUCUUCCUCUCACCUCCCAAGCCCAAGAGGUGUAUCUUUUAUGAUGCCAUCUUACAGGUGGAAAAUGGUCCCUGAAAAUAGGAAGCUGUUCGCAAGCAGGGUCUGCUUUCAUUCCACAGGUGGCGUCUAGAGCUCUGCACGCACAUCGCUGAUGCUUCUAACCAGGUGAACAUUGCUAACGACACAAGCUAACUUAUUUUUUGUGACUUCAUAAAUGACUUUCCUCAGCCCCACAUCAUACUGACGUGCUGGGUGAGUUCAUGUUUAAAAAAGAAAAAAAAAAAACUACAAGAGUCCCUUUGAAAUAGCUUCUCCGCGCAAAUCCUCCCAUUCCUUCAUUCAUCCACCUCUCUAGCGAGUGCUUCCCGUGUGCCAGGCUCCACCCGGGAUAUAAACGGCUGAGAACAAGACAGACCCGAACCCUGGCCUCGUGGAGCUGACCACUCAACGAACAAAUAAUUUUCACCACGCCAUCUCUGCUGGCAAGACCCUGCCUCUCUCCUAGCACUGGGUACAAACCCUAUGCAGGUUCCUCCAGAAAGGCUUCAAAAGGCUCACCAGACUGACCAGCCUCUUGAUCAGUGAGUUCAGUUGCAAUGAGGACUAGAUGGAGUCACUGUCCUGGAGGCUGGAUGGCACAGAACAGCCAGGCACAGAGCUGUGGUUGGGACAUUGAGGACUGAGGGGGAAUGAGAGAGUAGGGUCAGAAUGUUCGCAGUAUUUACUUCAGAGGUUUUUGGGUUUAAUUUCAGUGUUAAAUGCAAGUGAAGCAUGAGCAAGAGCUGCGUUUCUUGGAUGUUCAGAACUUGUCCCAUGGGCCACCUUGCAGCCCUGUGCUGCACAAGUGUGCGUACGCCAUGGGCAGCCCUGACAUGCCUGCUCGCAGCACAGUGCGAUGGAUCAUCUGUCCUUUACAACCACUCAUCUCUUUAUCCAUUUCUGAACGACUGUGACCAUUCAGUAAUGAAACAAUAGAAAUUAAUUUAUUAGUAUGGUAUAAUCUUUGAUAAAUUUCGUGCCAAAAUGCAUGGUUUUCCACUUAGCAUUCAAAAUGUUGCGUAGAGAGUAGUUUUCAAUUUCUUAUGUAUUCUUCAAAGUAAGUUGAAAAUCAGUUUCUACAUUUUAAUUCGUUUCUUGUUAAAUCUGUUGCACUCUCCUGGGCUGUCUUUUUUUCCAGCAGACCCCCUGCAUGCAGUUGUAUAAGGACUUUCCUAAUUCUUGUGAAUUGUCUCACCCACAAUAACCACUGAACAUCAGCCCUCCGUGGGAAUCUUUAGAUUUUUGGUGAAGUAUUUUGUUACCUCAGUCUUGUAUCAAGUUGCUGUAUUUUUCAGCUUGUUACACUGAUAAUAAUUGUUUCGCUAAUUAAAUACUUUAAUGUACAAACAUCUUUGUUUACUUUGAAAUUAAAUGUGUUUUCCAAUGAA